CCACUACCACCCCCCAUCCCACCUCCAUUCCAUAUAUCCACCCCAUUCAAUCCAUCCCUUCCCAAUAAAACCCCCCAUAAAAGUAAUAAUAGAAAACAAAAGGGUUAACCGCUCCGAAAUUCAGACUCCACUCCCCCCCGGGGAGAGGGGCUCCCCGUUUUACUUCCUUGAUAUUCCGACCCUCGAAUCUCGCUCCUUUCGUGUCCCUCUCUCUCUCUCUCCAUGGUUUCGAUUAAUUGCCGCGCAAGCCCCCGUCAUCAUCACAACUUGUUCCAUCCAUACAGCCACCCCCGUCCGGCCGUCCCACCAUCCUUCUCCACCCCACGGGAGCGCGGUCGUCGUCGACGUCGACAACGGCCUCAGGGUCCCGGUGGAUGGAUGGAUGGAUGGAUGGAUGGAUGGUCGUUCCACCCACCCCACCCGGUAGCUCGCCUUGCGCGCUUUACCGCUUCUUGGUUCACCGUCAUCAUCGUCCUCCCGUUUCGGGUUGCUCCAUCGUAGCG